AUGCCUCCGUCUCGUACAGGACGUGCACGCGAGGGGUCGCCGUCCAGGAUCGCCACCAGGAUCGGCCCCACCGUCGCCUUGCUGCUGAUCCUCCUGGAGCACCGUCGCGCGACCUGCCUAAUGAGCAAUUCCGUGGACAACUGGGUGAACGGCAACGCCGUGGUCUGCAACGGUAUUCCGGGACUGACGAAGGAGCAACGCGAGCUCUGCCACGUGAAUCCGGACGUGACCGUCGCGGCGCUCAAAGGGCUGCAACUGGCCGUAUCCGAAUGCCAGCAUCAGUUCAUGUGGCACAGGUGGAACUGCUCGUCCCUCACGCCCAGAAGCAGGACCCAGCAGAGCAGCGUUCUCCUUCAACGAGGCUACAGAGAGACGGCGUUCGCCUACGCGAUUUCAGCAGCUGGUGUAGCUCACAAUGUGGCUCGUGCCUGCAGCAUGGGUCGCUUGCUCUCCUGCGGCUGCGAUCCUUCGAACUACAGGGGUAGAACGCCGGCGAAGGCCAGGGGCGUCCAAUGGAAGUGGGGCGGUUGCUCUCACAAUCUCGACUACGGCAUGCAGUUCUCGAGACAGUUCCUAGACACGCGGGAGAAAGCCGGCGACAUACAGUCUACGGUGAAUCUACACAACAAUCAAGCCGGUCGGCUGGCGGUGGCGAACAACAUGCAGGUGCGCUGCAAGUGCCACGGCAUGUCCGGCUCGUGCGAGCUGAAGACCUGUUGGAAAGUCGUCCCGGACUUCCGGACGAUCGGCAAGACUCUGAAGGAUCGUUUCAGGAACGCCGUUCUGGUGACGCAGAGCAACCUGGGCAGCGUGACACCGUCUUCGAGGGCUCGCGGAGGCCGUCGGAGGAAGCCCGAUCAGCAGAGGCGGCGGAAGAAUCGCGUCGGCGAAUCCGGUCGCAAGAGGAAAACGCGGGACCUCGCCAAGCAGCUCUUCUAUUACCAGAAAUCGCCGAAUUUCUGCGAACGGGACCCGGCGAUCGACAUAGCCGGCACCGCCGGUCGUAGGUGCAACAAGACCAGCACCGGCGGCGACAGUUGCGGCAGUCUGUGUUGCGGCCGGGGUUACAACGUGGUGCGACAACGGCGGACGGAGUGGUGCGGCUGCAAAUUUCACUGGUGCUGCUUCGUGCAGUGUCAAAACUGCACGGUCGAGGAGUGGAUCACGGUUUGCAAGUGA